GAAAUUGCAUUCGCUCAACUCGCUCACUCACUCUGAAUCGAAGCAAGCCGGUUUGCCAUACGCGAAGGGUCUUCAAGGGGGGCCUCCAGGCAGAAUUUGAACUUGUGCAAAAACCCAAAGCCUGCUCAGGUUAGGUCUCUCGUUGUUCGCGAGUGGCCCGGGUUCUCAUGCGGCGGUAUUUCUUCGUUUCGGGAGGUUCGUUUUCGUCCGGGACGGUGUGUGUAGAGUGUGAGUUGUUGAGCGUUUGUUUCAAGAUUUUGGGACAUUGGAGGAAAACGAAAACCCUUGCCUUGGGUCGUCGUCGUCGUUGAGUCGAAGUUUUGUAGCCUUGCGCGUAUGCUGGUCGAUCAGAUCUUGCGCAUUUUCGCAUCAGACUUCUCACGCUGCGGACGUGUGUGGUGUGGAACCGGUGUGUAGUAGUAGAAAGAGAGUCGUCCCCCCAUACAAAAAAAAAUCGGUCUGUGCAUUCGAAGAUUGCCGAAUCUUCGUGCGUGCGUGCGAAUUACACUCCUCUGCGGGAAGUUGCUUCGGGAGUGCGUUGAUGAGCGAUAAGAACUACUACCAGGGGAUCAGAGAUAAACAAUAGAACUCAGUAGGCUGGGAUUGCUGUUCGGGGUGAUUUUUGAGUGAUUUGCUUGCAAGGCCUACUAUUCGGGAUUGAUCAGCUGGACGUGUUUGAGACACUGGGGCCUGCUGAGUGGUGAAGACCCGUUAUGUACAACGGUAUUUUAUUGGCACUAUUGUGAUUGGGUUCGCCUUAUUGUUUUGUCCGACAGCGCGGUAGUGUAUUGUGAAGCUGGGAAGAACCGUUAGGUGAUCUUUGAACCGUAGUGAGAUUUCAAGGACUGUCGAAGAAGCAUUCGGAAGAAGAACAGUGUGUCGAGCGAACAAUCCGCCGAAGAAAGAUCAUCGGGAAGAGCACAUGUGAAGCGGAGAAGUGAAAAAGGACGUGAAGAUUCGAUCAUAUCAAGAAGUUCAGAAAAGGUAGUGAUUUCAAAAAGUGAAUUCGAUUUCGGUUGCUUUGAUUGAACGGAUCCGGUUUCCUCGGUUGUCUCGGUGUCUCGGCUGCGAGAGAAACAAUGGACCUGCUCUGUACGGAAAGCAUAAAUAGUGUAACCGAAGCAGGCGGCGAUCAACUCAGCAGCAGCAACUCCGCGACACAGCAGACACCGAUGGAAGUUCGCCUCAACACGGCGGUGAAGGAUCCCACGUUUCUCGACGAUCGUUGCUUGGAAAAUCUACUGAAAUCCGAGGAACGCCAUGCUCGACAGCACAGCAACUACUUUGCCACCGUGCAGAAGGACAUCACUCCGGACAUGCGCCGGGUGGUCGCAGAAUGGAUAAUCGAUUUAUGCGAGGAACAAAACUGCCAGGAAGAGGUCUCCCUACUCGCACUCAGCUACAUGGAUCGGUUUCUCAGCCUGAUACCGAUCCGCAAGACACACCUACAGAUCCUGGCCACGGGCUGCCUGCUGCUGGCGUCCAAACUCCGGGAACCGAACUACAAAGCCCUGCCGGUGGAGCUGCUCGUAUUCUACACCGAUCACAGUAUCACCAAAAAGGAUCUGAUUCGAUGGGAACUGCUGGUCCUGAGCCGGCUAAAGUGGGACGUCUCGACCGUGACGCCGCUGGACUUCCUGGAGCUGCUCCUGUGCCGACUGCCGAUCGAGAACAAAAAGUGUCACGACAUUAGCAUAGAGAAGGUGCGGAAGCACGCGCAGGCCUUCAUCUCCCUAGCGGCGAGGGAACACUAUUUUUCCAAUUACACUGCCAGCACUGUGGCAGCUUCCAGUAUUGCGGCGUCGCUCAGCGGACUCAAGUGGGAUCUUCGCAGCGGCCAAUCGAUUAGCUAUCUAGUGAAUAAGUUUACCGAUCUGACCGGGAUCGAACAGGAAUUCAUCUGUGAAUGCAUGGACAAAAUGGAAGCCCUGUUCCAGGAGCAGCGCCGCCGAUUACCCCAGUCAAUGCACAUAACCUCGGCGACGGCUACCAUCGUGUCGCAACACCUCCAGCAGCAGCAGCAGUCCUGCGUCAACUUCAAGUGUAGUUCCACGACUCCGACCGACGUCAUCGAGUUGUGAAGCACCGUCAGCUCCUGCUCCUCCUAACGAUAUUCUGCCUACCGUAAUAUCUCAUCAGAAGAGAAAAAGAGAGAUAUUUCCCUCCGUGUAAGUAGGCGCGCGGAGGUUCGGGGAUUUCCUAGAGUGUCUUUCUCUUCCCCCCGUCUCUUUCUAUCGGAUUCACUUCAUCGGGCAUCGAAGUAGGCGGCGGCGGCGGCGGCCAGAGCAGCGGGAAACGCAUCGCGCAAAAAGUGGAAUUUUUUGGGUGCUAUAUUUUUUUAACAAUUAAAUUUAAGAACGUUACAAAACACAGAUCAUGAUGGUCCGCAGGCGGCGGAUCAAAUCGAAAGAGCAAAAACGCGAGAGCGGUUGACGCGCUUUAGGCGCUCGCAGAGAGAAUUUGAAUUUAAAGGAAGAGAAAAAAAGAGCAGAGCAGCGAGAGAAAGAGAGAAAGUAAUACACUCAGAGAAAUUUUAAGAUCAAUUUUUGAGCAACGGAUUACACAAAUCGCAUGUGUAUGAGCGAAGUUUAGAGGAAAAAAAGGUUGAGAGGUGAGGUUAGGAACUUGGAGCAAGGAAUGUACAGCAAAACACGCACACAUUUUCGUGAGAUUGAGAGUGAUUCUAUGAUAGUAUGUAGUCUCUAGUUAGGAGUGAAUGUGAAUUGCAAGCAUAUCGGUAAGGUUGAAAAUGUUACAAUUUUUUCUUGGUUAGGAUCUGUGUACAUAUAUAUUAUUAUUAUACUGUUAGAAGUUAGAAAGCAACAGUCAUUGAAGCUGCACUAAAAGCAACUACGCAAAACACUGAAUACAAGUUGAAGAGAAACGUUAUACUAGAAAAACGGGAGAGAAAAAUCAUCUGACAUAACUGAAGAUUUCCGAAUGAGUUUUUAGACCAGUGUGUGUUGAGUGGUGGUAGGGAGUUUGAGUUCAGAAGCAGAGGCAGACAAAAAAUCGAAAAAAAAGUCAAUCUACAAAAAAAGAGCAACCGGAUGGCGAAGCUUUUAGUCUAGUCUAGGAGAGAAAAGUGCGCAGGAAGUGCGGAAAUGGAGAAAGAGAAAGGAAUUCGCCGUCCGGUUCGGUCCCUUCCGCCCGAACUGGUUGGGUCGACGCACCGGAAGGGCCCAGUAGGGGCCGGCUCUGACGUGCGACAGAAUCGUUGUUAUGGUCGCAGGAGCGGCUUCGAAGCUAAAAACCAGUUCCCCUAGUGGCGGUAUCACUAGAGAACCCCCUGAUGGUCAAAUGAGCGGUUAUCGGUAUCGGUGGGCGUCGCAAAAACGGUCAUUUUUGUCAGUAUGUUGGUGGCUGCGUGAGCUGACAUAACCUCAAGGUGAGUGCUAUUUUUUUAGCGUGUCAUGGUUUGGGUAUAGUAGGGAUGUCGUUUAUUAGAAAUCCAUCGAUCAAAAUAAUAAUUCCAAAAUUGUGUAGGAAUUUAAAGCAAUUCACAAGAGCUUCUUUAACAUUAAAAACCUAGGAAUUUCAUAUAAUUUUAA